CAUCAGCUGAUCGGCCAAUGCCGGCGAAUGUUCACGUGCAUCUUCACGUGCGCGGGAUCAGCUGCAAGUGAAUCAUGGAGGAUCUGAGCGAUCAAGAUCUCACGAUACCACCCAUUAAGUACGAAUACUUGGAUCACACGGCGGACAUUCAAUUACAUGCCUGGGGCGAUACGCUGCAGGAGGCGUUUGAACAAUGCGGAGUAGCUAUGUUUGGAUACAUGACGGAGUUGGACUACGUAGAGAUACGACAAAUGCACCAAGUGGAAGCUACGGGGCACGACAUGCAGAGCCUACUUUAUCAUUUUCUUGACGAGCUCCUCUUCAUGUUUUGUGCUGAACCGUUCCUAGUCGCUAAGAAAGUGAAGAUUACCGAGUUCGACCGAGAGAACUUCAGGAUAACCGCAGUAGCAUACGGUGAGGAAUUCGUCAUUGGGAAACACCCACAAGGAGCAGAAGUGAAGGCUAUCACGUAUUCUGCGAUGCAGGUCCUUGAACCACCAGAGGCACUGACGAAUGACCACUGCGAUUCCUAUUCCAAGUACCGUUCCAACGAGUCUAAAAUCCAGGAAGAUGCAGCCGAAAGAUCAUCGAAUGAAGCGAAGGUCCUGACCAGGACGGAAGGAGCUCGCAAGACUUGUUAAUAGGUAUGAUAGCUAGGAUUGUCAAAUUGUCAAAGCAAAAUCCGAGUAACCGUGAGCUAAAACUCAGGAUCGAGCUUGAGUUUGAGGGGAUGCCGUGAACUCAGGGACCGACCUAGGGGAAUGCUUUAAACUUUAAAGUGGGGAUAAGAGGGAGGGAACGGCGACGAAGGAGAAGGGGCAAGGCUGAGCCUACCCUGCAUCUUUGGGGCACAGGUCUUUUGUAGUUGUGUAGGGUUCGGAGGGGCUCAAAUAAAUACGUUACGAAAGAAACACCGGGCCCCCUUCUUGGCGGCCCGAUGCAAACGCGUACCAAGGAGCAAGGGGCCCGCGGCUGGGACAUUUUGCCAUUUUCUCUCGAGAACGCCGCUACUUCUUCUCUAACCAUUUGAAUCGUCAAUUCAAACCAUUCUCGAGAACCCUUGCCUCUUAACGAGGGCUUAUAUCUAUUGACAGGGUGAAAAUACUCAUUUUUCUGACCGAUGCAGAGAAAACAUGAAGAAUGUAAAUGCAGCGAAGCGAGUUCGUUAACUAUACUUUUAGAUACAUGUUGUAAUUGUACAAGAAUCUGUUGAAACUUUUAAACCGAUUUUCUCGCAAUACCUUGUUUCAUAAUUUGUUAUAAGACACCUCAAAAAGUUAUUGCUCCGCAUGGUUUAUAUUUUGUACAUAUGUUUAUAGAAUAUGUGGCCAUGAAAAUGACCAUCCACAACUACGUAUAACUUAAAUUACUGGAAAUUAUGGCUGUCUAUUAAUAUUUUUUUCGAUAAUUUUUCCAUAAUUUGAUGAAAUGACUAUUUAAAAUUAUUUAAUGCGGUCGUAAAUGAAUGAAAACUUAUGACACACGAGGGUGUAUGCGAAAAUACGGUUCUUUAUAAUGUAUCAUAAUUCAAUGAUUCUUUGUAAAAUGAUAAAUAAUUAUAUCAACGUGUACAAAUAAAAGUACGGUUAAUAACACGCUUAGACUGAAUUUAAAUGUUUCGCUUCUUUUCUGUGGUUCUUUGAAAAAUCUGUAGUAUUAACACCGUCAAAAUGAGCCCUUUAAAAUGGCAAUAUUCGAACUCGACAAAACGUUUGACUAAUUAUAGAAAUAGUAUAAUCUUUUACGUCGCUUACACUUGAGAGAUUCUUAAAGAGUAAAUUAUCUUUAACAUAGGAAUAAAGAGUUUCAUCGAGACGCGUUGCCGCUUCAAGGAAAAGCCGCUUUAAAAGUUUGUUUUAAGUAAUUAUAUAGGUCAGGAAAGCAAUUCGACGUUUAGUGGAGGUAUUUAUUUAUUCAGGAAUUACAGGAAAAAUUUCAUUACACUUUCAUGGCGAAGCUUGCGAUUCAUUAUAAAUGAAAUAAUGUCGCCAAAAGUAGUGAAGUUCGGCUUCGAGUAUUUCUCUUGCAAUGUUGACUCGUCUGAAGGAAUCCUUUAGUGGAGGUUUUAAUUUAUUCAGGAAUUAUUUCAUUAGAGAAUUCAGGAAAAAAUUCAUUACACGUUCAUGGCGAAGCUGGCGAUUCAUUAUAAAUGAAACAAUGUCGCCAAUAGUAGCGAAGUUCUGCUUCGAGCAUUUCUCUUGCAAUGUUGACUCGUCUGAAGGAAUCCUUUAGUGGAGGUUUUUAUUUAUUCAGGAAUUACAGGAAAAAUUUCAUUACCCGUUCAUGGCGAAGCUUGCGAUUCAUUAUAAAUGAAACAAUGUCGCCAAAAGUAGCGAAGUUCGGCUUCGAGCAUUACUCUUGCAAUGUUGACUCGUCUGAAGGAAUCCUUUUAGUGGACGUUUUCAUUUAUUCAGGAAUUAUUUCAUUAGAGAAUUCAGGAAAAAAUUCAUUACACGUUCAUGGCGAAGCUGGCGAUUUAUCAUAAAUGAAACAAUGUCGCCAAAAAUAACGACGUGGAAUAAACUCAUUUUUUUAAAGAUUUUUUACGUAGACUUUUUUUACAAUUACGGGCAUGUACUUCAGGUGAAACUAGACUAAAUGUUUUGUUCAAUUAUUUAAACGUGUAUGACCGUAGACUUAAAACGUUCAUACCAUGCCUUCUAGUUUCUUUUCUUUCUAUUAUCGGUUAACAAAACCUACUGAUUGAUAAAUUCAAUUUAUAUGUAUACAUAUUCGACCUAAGCCAUUUUCAUAAUUAUCAACAUAAUUAUUUCCAGUAAGUUUAAUCGAACUAGUCUAAAUCCUUUAACCAUUUAAACGGGCACCCCUAGAAAACAUUUUUCUACCAAAUACCGUCUAAUUUCUUUUUUUUGUCAUAAUUUAUUUACGUAAACGACUCAU